CGCGUAUACCCCGCUUCUUCCUCCGCAUUGCAGAUGUGUCAUGGGAACUGUAGUCCCCGCGCUCUGCGCGUGAAUAUCUGCGCGAGGGGCGGCCCCUCCCCCUUCCCCUCCUGGGCUGUGGCCACGCGCGGAGGUUCCGCUUCCCCCUCCGGCUGCUGCCGCCGCCUCCGUGGGUCCCGCUGCCGCCAUUGCAGGAAGCUCGUGCGGCGGCCGCGCCGUGCGAACUAGAGGUCCCGCCCCGCAGCCCCCUUGGCGGCCGGCUCCUUUCCGGACGUGGGAGGAGCAGCGGGCAGUCCCGUCCGCCACCGACACCACUUUCUGCUUUUAGAAGUGCCUUCCUGUUCAACAAAACUUAAUUGGUUCUAACCUUCACUGUGGUUCCCCUGUAUUCCACUGAAACACUAGCUUGCCUGCUUCAGGACAAGUUCCCAGAUACAGUCCAGGCAGUGGGUUGCAUCCUAUCCAGCUUCUGGGCAGAGGCCCAGUGAGAAUUUAUGUGAAUGCUUCAAGUCCUAAUGUUGGGUUAUAACCUGGCUAGGGUUUUGUCUAGCCAUUAAGAGCCAUGUCUGAUAACGGAGAAAUGGAAGAUAAGCCACCAGCCCCUCCCGUUCGAAUGAGCAGUACUAUCUUCAGUUCAGGGGGCAAAGACCAGUUGUCUACCAACCACAGCUUGAAACCUCUGCCGUCUGUACCAGAAGAGAGAAAACCUAGGAACAAAAUCAUCUCCAUCUUCUCUGGCACUGAGAAAGGAAGCAAGAAAAAGGAAAAGGAAAGGCCAGAAAUUUCUCCUCCAUCAGACUUUGAACACACCAUCCAUGUUGGCUUUGAUGCUGUUACUGGAGAAUUCACUGGAAUGCCAGAGCAAUGGGCUCGAUUGCUACAGACCUCAAAUAUCACCAAGCUAGAGCAGAAGAAGAACCCUCAGGCUGUACUAGAUGUGCUGAAAUUCUAUGACUCCAAAGACACAGCAAAACAGAAGUACCUGAGCUUCUCCGCUCCAGAAAAAGAUGGUUUCGCUUCAGGAACACCAGCACCCAAUGCCAAAGGUUCAGAGCCCUCAACAGCAGUAGCAGAAGAUGAUGACGAUGAUGAAGAGGUUCCUCCUCCGGUUAUUGCCCCUCGACCAGAUCAUACAAAAUCAAUUUACACACGGUCUGUAAUUGACCCUAUCCCUGCACCAGCUGGUGACUCUUGUGAUAGUGCUGCCAAGUUGGCUGACAAGCAGAAAAAGAAGACCAAAAUGUCAGAUGAAGACAUUAUGGAAAAGCUACGGACUAUUGUGAGCAUAGGAGAUCCCAAGAAAAAAUAUACCAGAUAUGAAAAAAUUGGGCAGGGGGCUUCAGGUACAGUUUUCACAGCUAUCGACGUGGCAACAGGACAGGAGGUUGCUAUCAAACAGAUAAACCUGCAGAAGCAGCCCAAGAAGGAGUUGAUUAUUAAUGAGAUCUUGGUAAUGAAAGAAUUAAAGAAUCCCAACAUAGUCAAUUUCCUAGACAGUUUUCUUGUAGGUGAUGAAUUGUUUGUUGUGAUGGAGUACCUCGCAGGAGGGUCACUCACUGAUGUGGUCACAGAAACUUGCAUGGAUGAGGCACAGAUUGCUGCUGUUUGCAGAGAGUGUUUGCAAGCACUAGAGUUCCUACAUGCCAACCAGGUAAUCCACAGAGAUAUUAAGAGUGACAACGUACUUUUAGGAAUGGAUGGAUCAGUUAAACUCACCGACUUUGGUUUUUGUGCUCAGAUCACCCCAGAGCAGAGCAAGCGCAGCACCAUGGUUGGGACUCCCUAUUGGAUGGCUCCUGAGGUGGUCACACGGAAAGCCUAUGGCCCUAAAGUGGAUAUCUGGUCUCUGGGUAUCAUGGCUAUUGAAAUGGUGGAAGGAGAGCCCCCAUACCUCAAUGAAAACCCUCUGAGGGCUUUGUAUUUAAUAGCAACUAAUGGCACACCAGAGCUGCAGAAUCCAGAGAAACUGUCCCCAAUAUUCCGGGAUUUUCUAAAUCGUUGUUUAGAGAUGGAUGUAGAGAAAAGAGGAUCAGCCAAAGAACUGUUACAGCAUCCUUUCCUGAAACUGGCCAAACCUCUGUCUAGCUUGACGCCAUUGAUCCUGGCAGCCAAAGAAGCAAUGAAGAGUAACCGCUAACAUUGUUGCCAUGGCCUUCAUUUUUUUUUUUUAAAUCUUUAUAAUAUAUGAAAAUUGUUACUCGUUAGGAGGGGUUGAAAAAAGUCUGCAAAAGGGAAAAACGCUCACCCAGAAGACACUCGAAAUGAAAUAUGGUGACUUUUAAGUAAACCCUUUUUAGGGUCUAAAAGGAAUUGUGGACUGAAUCACUGGUCUUUCACCUCUUUUGCAGACAGGCCAGGAAUCUUGCUUCCCAUGCCUGGGGUUUUAAGUUUUUUGAUGACUUCGCUGUAACAGUUCCCAUUCAUUGUGCCCUCUUGGGUACUUUCAAUACUUGAAUGACAGGUUCAAGCUUUUGGAGAGAGGCAUUAAUUUUAUCUGCUGAUCUUUCCUUCUCCUCCCCUUUUCCUGUCCUCUUUCAAGUUGCAUUGGCCAUCUCCCGUAUGACUAGAUUAACAGCAGGUGUGACAGAAAUGUGAAGGUACAUUUUACCCCUACCCCCUUACCAUACAAUUUAGCUGUGACUGUACUGUAGAAUUAACGACUCAGAUACUUAAAAAAUUAACUUUAAAUGAAAUCUGCCUGUAAGUAGAGUAUAGGGAGAGGGGGAAGAGAAGAGUUCAGCUGUCUUUCUGAUCUGUGGCUGCUCCAGGGACUUCUAAUCCAAGAGAGACACAUCUCAGUGUAGCAAAUUGUGGUGGGUCAGGUUUUGGGAGGUCAGCCUACACAUAUGAGGAAAAGGGAGCAGAUGUUUGAGGAAAGAAACGCGCCCCCCCCCCCAUUGUUUGGUUCCAUUCUCCACUCCUCUCUCCCCCUCCCCUCCCCUCCCCUCUCCCAAACUUCCCUAGACUUGUUGGCCAAGGCAGAAGGGAUGUCUUGUGUGGUGUAGCGGUUGGUCUUAAAACCAAGUGUUGUAUCUAUGCUCUUACUUGGGCUAUGGGAUUUAUGCUGGUGCCUUUGACUUUUUUUACAUUUCCCUCCUUUGUAUCAAAUGAAUUUUUGUAUAUGUUGUAAUUUUAUUCCCAAAAGCAAAUAAUGCAACAACCUUGGAGUUGUCAAGAUUUAAGUAUUAGAGCUAUUUUUUCCAUUUUUAUAUGUGCUCCAUUUCUACUAAUGAAAUCAAAAGAACAAAUAAUUCAUCAGAGCUGAGGAAAAUGAAGAUCCAAGACUCUUUUUUUAUAAUUCAAACAGGAGCUUAUGAACACCUGGGAACACCAAAGUGCUGUUCUAUGGAGAGACAGUCUGAGGCGGGAAAGUAGUUUCACCAGACAUGAAAGGGGCUUACUGGAGUGGCUGAUGCAUGACUGGAGAGAGUCGUCAUGUCAGGAUGACCCCUUCUCCCUAAAGACCUUUUACUUGCUAGGAUGGCAGAAGACAACAUUUAGUGCAAGAAAAAAGUGCUUUCCUAUAAGAGCUAGUGAGUAACUUGAGUUGUUGAGUUCUUGAGAUGGUGCCAACUGAAGUAACAGUAGAAACCAUAGAAGUAUCCUUGGUCCCUGAUUUCAGCCACUGAAAUUGCUGCAUUUAUACCUAUAGAUUAUUUUCAUAAGGAUCAAUUUGUAACUGUAAUGUGCCAGACGAUGCACAUGAAAGAAUAGCCACUAAUUUGGUGCUAAGCAGUUGUGUUGCAUUCCCAACUGGCAGUGCAUGUCAAGCAGAGAGAGUCCGGGUCCUGGGGUGAGAUGAUUCCAUUUGGUGUCUGACAAAUUGCGUAAACCAGAGUUUGACACAUGUUCUUUUUACUGUGGGAAGGCUAUUUUCUUCUGUGUACGAAUAAUUUCAAUAUUUAUAUGCGGAUAGAAAUGGCUGUUCUGGGUUUUGGUAACUGAGAUAUAGCUCUGCCUAGAGCACCUGAACAAAUUAUCUUUCACUUCCUGAGCCUAUAUAUCAUGGAUUUCAUUCUCUCAGAACUUAUCCUUCAACAAAUUGCACUAGCAAAUUGCUGUGUGCCAACAAGAUACCUUAUUCAUGGAGGAAAUAGAAACACCACACUUCAGUCUGACUUCUUGUAAACACUAGUGCAGGGGUGGGCAAACUUUUUGGGCCGAGGGCCACAUCUGGGAAUAGAAAUUGUACAGUGGGCCAUGAAUGCUCACAAAAUUGGGAUUGGGGUGCAGGAGGGGGUGAGGACUCUGGUUGGGGGUGCGAGCUUCAGCGUGGGGUCAGAAAUGAGGAGUUCAGCGUGCGAGAGGGGGCUCCGGGCUAGGGUGGGAGAGUGGGGUGCAGGGGGGAGGUGAGGGCUCCGGCUCGGGGGGUGCAGGCUCUGGGGUGGUGCUGGGGAUGAGGAGUUUGGGGUGUAGGAGGGUGCUCCACACUGGGAUCGAGGGAUUUGGUGGGCAGGAGAGGGAUCCGGGCUGGGAUCGAGGGGUUGGGUCGUGGGGAGAGGCUAUGGGGUGCAGGCUGCGAACGGCACUUACCUCAAGCGGCUCCUGGAAGCAGUGGUAUGUCCCUUCUCCGGCUCCUAUGUGGAGGCACAGCCAGACAGCUUUGCAUGCUGCCCCGUCUGCUGGCACCACCUCUGCGAAGCAUGUAGGAGCCGGAGGAGGGCCAUGCCGCUGCUUCUGGGAGCUGUGUAGUGUGGCCCCCGACUCUGCGCCCCGGCUGGAGCGAUGGAGUGGGGCCAUUCGGCUGCUUCCAGGAGCUGUGUAGAGCAGCCCCAUGCCCUGUGCCUCAGCUGUAGCGCUGGAGCAGGGUAAGCCCGAGACCCUACUCCCCAACAGGAGCUCAAGGACCAGCUUAAAACGGCUCAUGGGCUGUAGUUUGCCCAGCCCUGCACUAGUGUAACAGCUACCAAGCUGAAUUACUUUAACGAGAAGAAUAAAUCAAAAGAAUACGCAGCCCACUAGCCAUAAAGCACUAGAAUGCUUCAUUCCAAGGAAGUGUCAUGUCAUGGGCUGAAUACUCUAGAUCUGCUUCCCCUCUUACAAACUUUUUAUGUACUGAAAGCCAUAAACAGUAGAAUGGCAGUGGCCUGGUUUCAAUACAUGUGACUCAAAGUGAAAGAUUUUCCUGUCCAUAGGGAGAAGCAAGGAGUACUGGAUUAUCUUUUCUUUUCUCAUCAGUGGCUCCCUGUUUGUCCAUUGCUGGCAAUGGACUUUGUGAAAAUCAGACUCCUAGUGCAGCAGUAUAACUUGGCUUUCCUUGCGCCUCUGCUGCGUGCUACCCCCCCCCCCCCCACGCCCAGGUAGCAAAACUUAGUCUACCAUAUAAAUAUAAUUUUUUUCUGAAAUUAGCAGGUAAACUUAAAAUCAUGAAGUAAUUUUAACUUAUUAAUUCAGUCUUAUUGAUAAAGAAAACUUCCUUCUGAUCUUGCAAUAGCAAAUCUGUCUAGAUCAGUAUCUGUAUCUCUUUAAGGGCUGACUUCUAAACUUUUAAUUCUUUUAAAAAAAUAAAUAAAAAAUAAACCUCAACCAGGAGUUACCAAAAUGCAUCCUAUUGCUUCUCAUGUGGCCUAGAGUACUGUGAACUACAGUUAAAAAGCGCACAAGAGUGCCCCUUGUAUGUAUAUGAUUCUACAAUAAGGUUUCUUUUGCUCCUGUUGCCAGAAGGUAAUCAGGACAAAGGAGAGAGGUCAAGGAAAGAGCAGAAAUAUUGGGAACAUUUUAAUUUCUGCAGCAAAGUGAGGGAAAAUAGUUAAGUAGAGUCAGUAAGCUGGCAAAAAAAGUCAUAGGGAAGUUGCUGCUCUGUGCUUCAUUGUGUAACCAUUGUGCAGUUUGCAUGUCAGUAGGUUGGCCAUCAGUCUUCUAACUGAACAUGUUACAUAUGUCUUCCAAGUGUCCAUUUUUCCCAUGAAGGACCAGGUUAGAACUGAGACUAGCUCAUUUGUUCUCCCCAGCCCAGAUGAAUAACAAGUGCAGGUGAAGAGAGAAUAGUCAGAGUUUGAGUGGAUGCCGAAAGCAAAAUACCGCUUCGGAACAUGGCAGAAUUCCCAGAUCUCUAGGUAACCGCAGAUGACAGGCACAAUCACAAAUAUGCAUAUGAAUAAAUGCAACAGUGGCACAACACAAUAGUUAGUCGGGAGUAGAGAUUGGCAGCGUACUGUUUUGAAAGGAAGUGAACAGGCAAUGUUUGUCUUCUAGGAUUUUUUUAGCACAGAACUUGGAAUAAACCUGACUUCUCACCAAGUAGACAUGCUUGCUCACACAUGAGGUCACACAUUCCCAUCUGAAUAUUCACUAUACAAGUAGAUCUGUGCUGAGUAGUUGCAAGAGAUGUGCUUCACAGCACAUCAGAGUAAUUGAACUCUGCUGUCAGAAAAGGGUGGAAAAUCAAGGAUACUGUUAAAGGUCUUUAUAGCUGGAAUUGAAAAACCUCUCUGGUCUGCUUUCUCUCUCUCCUUCGCUUUGCCAGAUGGAAAUGGAUGUAGGUUCAAGCUUUAUUUUUUAUUACUGUACGCAGAUUUUAAUGUUUUCUUUUGUUUAAUUUAAUCUCAUUCUGUUAUUUAAUUGUUUCUGCGAUAUUAACUACUGUAUUUGAUUACUUUGUUUAUUAACUUUGUUCUUUCAGGGCUAGAAAUAAACUUUUUAAAAUGUU